AUGCAGCCAGAUGUGGUUCUUCCCGUUAAGGUCGACACCAUCUACUGGCAGCGCCGAAAGCGCUUUCACGAGGGAGCAUUGGUGAACUCUCCAAGUUCAGCAGCAGCUGGCACGCCACCCCCAGCCCCACAAGCACAGACCAAAUGGGAAGCUCAAGUGCAUCGGCUGGCUGAGGCGAGGAUCUGUAGACUGCCCGGAAGGCUCCGCAUCCAGCCCGCGCUCUGGAGCCGGGAGGACGUCCAGCACUGGCUGCGGUGGGCGGAGCAGGAGUACUCCCUGCAGCGCACCGGCGGGCACCGCUUCCAGAUGAAUGGCCGAGCCCUCUGCAUCCUCACCAAGGACGACUUCCGGCACCGCGCCCCAGGUUCAGGUGACGUCCUGUACGAGCUGCUCCAGUACAUCAGGACCCAGCGGCAAGCCCUGGUGUGCGGGCCCUUCUUUGGAGCCAUCUUUGGGCAGAAGACGCCAGAGCAGCAGCCCCCUGGCACCGUGCAAGCACCAGACCUGAAGCUUUCCAGCUCCUUGCGCCAUCUGGAUGUCCCCAGCCUGGCCAAGUGGCCCCUUGGCAGAGAGGAACCCUUCUCCUUAUCUCAGUGUGCAGAGCCCGACUGUAGGCCUGAGGGGGUCUGCCCCUUCCCCACCAGGUCACAGGUGCCCAUCGACGGCAAGCUCGCAGACUGUCGGCUGCUGUGGGAUUAUGUGUACCAGCUCCUCUCCGACGCCAGGUACGAACCUUACAUCAAGUGGGAAGACAAAGAUGCCAAGAUCUUUCGAGUUGUGGAUCCCAACGGGCUGGCCAGACUCUGGGGAAACCACAAGGUAAGGCUCUGCCCCAGCAGGUCAUUUUACUUUGGAAAAGACUGA